UUCAAAGAAUAGUCUCAGACAAAAGUGAAAUUUACCUUUUUCAUGAUUUUGAAAUUCUUUCCAAAUUACAUCACUGGGAAAAAAUUAGAAUAUAGAAGAAUUUUAGACAAUAGAAUAUGAAAUAAUUUAAUAAAUGUAAUAUUUUGCAAAAUCAUUUCUAUGGAAACAACCAAUGAAAUGACUGGAAUAAAAAAGUGGCCAAUCAAAGUUGUUGUUUAACUUUUAGACACCACACCCCGCAAAAUUUAAACACUCUUCAAGUCAGACUCCAUGCUGUAAACAAGAAAUCUUGAAGAGGGGAAACUGUUCAUUCAUCAUUUUUAUUUUCAUCACCCCCAUCAACAUACAGAAAAAGCAUUGCAGCAAUCGGUUAAAACCCAUUCAUUUGAUUCCAGCAGUUUGUGUCUUGUAGAGACUGACUAAAUACUUCUACUUGCAAUCUUAAACAACUUUUGAAACCAAGAACUAGACUACAGACCACAAAGAUGCCUUCUGAAGAAAGUGUUAGAAUCCGGGAUUAUAAGAACCAAGGCCGAAAUGCAGAUGAAAUGAGACGACGUAGAAACCAGACGACAGUUGAAUUACGUAAAGCCAGAAAAGAUGAUCAGUUAUUGAAAAGAAGAAAUUGUGUUAUUGAAGAUGAACCUCAAGCUCUACAAGAUAGCAACAAGCCUAAUGUUUCUAUGCCAGUAACAGAAAUUAUAAGUUGUAUAAAUGGUACAGAUCUUCAACAACAGUUUAAUGCUACACAAGCUGUUAGAAAACUACUGUCUAAAGAGAGAAACCCUCCUAUUAAUGAUAUCAUUGAAGCUGGACUUGUACCAAGAUUGAAGGAAUUCUUGUCUCACUCAGAUAGACCUGAGUUACAGUUUGAAGCAGCAUGGGCUCUGACUAACAUAGCAUCUGGUACAUCUGAUCAAACUAGAUAUGUUGUCAAUGAAGGAGCAGUGGUAGACUUUAUAAGACUGUUAGAUUCACCACACCAAAAUGUUUGUGAACAGGCUGUUUGGGCUCUUGGAAAUAUUGCUGGUGAUGGUACUGAAUUAAGAGAUUAUGUUACCAGUGCUGGCAUAGUUGAACCAUUGUUGAGAUUAGCCAGAAAUGAUGUUCCUGCUGGGUUUUUGAGAAAUGUGACCUGGACUAUAUCUAACCUGUGUCGUAAUAAGAAUCCACCACCUAAAUUUGAAGUCGUAAAACAAUGUCUGCCUACACUUUCUAGACUGUUAAAUCACACGGAUAAGGAAGUACUUGCUGAUACUUGUUGGGCACUCUCCUACCUCACUGAUGGAACUAAUGAUAAAAUUCAGGAAGUCAUUGAUGCAAAUGUGAUACCUAGAUUAGUAGAGUUAUUAAGUUCAGGUGAAGCUUCAGUAUUAACACCAGCAUUAAGAUCUAUUGGUAACAUUGUUACUGGUGAUGAUCAUCAAACACAGAUUGUUUUGGAACAUGGAGCAUUAAAGGCUUUCAAGGCCCUGUUAACUCAUCCCAAACCUAAUAUACAGAAAGAAGCUGCCUGGACCUUGUCUAAUAUUACAGCUGGUAAUGCUGAGCAGAUUGAAGCUGUUAUUAAUCACGAUCUUAUACAACCACUACUUGAUAUUCUUAGAGCAGGUGAUUUUAAGAGCCAGAAAGAAGCAGUUUGGGCUAUAACCAAUCUAACAUCUGGUGGUAAAUUAGAACAUAUUAUACAUGUUGUUCAGAAAGGAGCUGUACAAUUACUAUGUCAUCUAUUGAGUGUGAAAGAAGCUAAAGUAACUCUAGUCAUAUUAGAUGCUAUCAGCAACAUUCUAAAGACUGCUGAAAAGAUUGGAGAGCAAGAAAAGAUCUGUGAGAUCAUAGAUGAAUGUGGUGGUUUAGACAGUAUUGAAGCUCUACAAAACCAUGAAAAUGAACAGAUUUAUAAAGCUGCCUUGGAGAUCAUUGAGAAAUAUUUUGGUGGUGAGGAAGAAGAUACUAACAUUGCUCAAGCUGGAGCCACUAGUUCUGGUUACCAAUUUAAUCCUGCUGCUUCCAUUCCAACACAAGGUUUCUCCUUCUAAACUCAAGACAUUAUUGCUGUGCAAUACAUUAAGUGCUCAAAAUUUAAGACUCAUUUAUGUGUUUUUUGUCCCAAUUUUCUAGUUAUAAAGUAAAAAAGUAUUUUAUUGAAUUUGUGUCUCAAAAUUUUCCCCUAAUGACUCAAAAAAUUAACAUUUAAGUAUUAUUCUAUAAUAUUUCUACAUUGAAAAUUUUGUACUUAUGUUAUGCAAUUUUUAAGCGAUUUUGUAAUUUCAAAUAUUUUUUCACAAUUUCAUGUGCGUCUUUAAUAUGUAUUUCAUGUGCUCUUAUUCUUUUUUCAUUCAUCUAUCAUCCUUGUCUCUCUUUUGUAUAAAGAUAUAUUGUAAAAUUCAAAGUGCUAUUUUCAGUUAUUCUAAAUACAUUAUCAUAUCAUA